CGGGCCCCUGCCUAUUUACCUGAACAGAUCGUUUCAUAUUAGUUCACAAACAAAAUUAGUGUGCAAUAUAGAAUUCCCUAUAAAAAAUAUCGCGUUUUGAACAGUGCAUGUGAUAAAAAUAUCGGAUUAGCCUAAACUUAAAAUGUAUAGAUUUUGUUUAUUAAUUUUACUGUGCCUUUGUGCCGCUUUUACUAAAUGCGAUAACGACAACAACAAGCAAAAACUACCACUCUGCGGCACCUGUACUUGUGUUUUCGAUAACGAUCAACUUCCGGCAAAAGUCAACUGCAAAGAUGACGUAACGCGUUUGCUCCAAGCCGAGUCAACAUGGAUCAACCCCCUCAACAAUCAGUCCUACGAGUAUUCGGAAUUAACUCUAACCAAUCAAGAAAUUAUGUUUUUGAAUUUUACAUUCCCCACAAGCAAACUCACUUAUUUGAGUAUCACUAACAGUGAGGUGUACCGAAUAGUGAACAGUCCGUUCAAGAACUUGGAGAAUAUGGUUACGUUAAUAUUGAGUAAUAAUGGCUUGGAUUUACUUAUGCCAGAUUCAUUUAAGGGGCUGUACAUGGAAGAGCGUUAUAUGCCAUUACGAUCACUCAAAGAAUUACGAUUGGAUCACAAUAAUUUGCAUACACUGAACAUGAAUUUGUUUGAACACACAACCGAUUUGGAGAUAUUGGAUCUUAGCUACAACCCUUUAAAGGUCAUCGAUAAGCAUACUACAAUCGCUAUUGACAGUCUACCCUUUUUAAAAGAAUUGUAUUUAGGCUAUACUCAAAUCAAAACUCUACCAGAUCAGAUAAUGCAUACUCCCAUUCAACUGUCUAUCUUGGAUCUAAGUGGUAAUCCUAUAGAGGAGAUUCCCGAAACUUUAGGGGAAUCCCAUAACUUAACUACAUUGUAUCUAAAUGAUACUGGCUUCAUAAAUAUUACUAAAAACAGUGGUUUUCCUGAGAUGCCUAGCCUGAAGAAUCUAUAUCUAUGUAAUUUACGCAAUUUGGAAAGAAUAGAAAGUGAAUCCUUGUCUGGACUUAGUGGACUUCAAGAACUACAUAUUUGCAAUAACAUAAAAUUAACGCAUAUAGAUGAUUUUGCAAUUGCUAAAAUAAAUGAACAUGGAGGCGCUACAUGGCCUAUGAUCAAAAAAUUAAACUUGUUUGACAACAAACUGGGAUAUAUAGAUAGUGAUUUUCUGUCAAGAUGGGACUUGUUGACAUAUCUAAACAUUAACGACAAUCCUUGGACUUGCGAGUGUGAAAAUCAAUGGCUAAUUGAAGAUUUGAUGCCUACCUACAAGAAAAUUAAUCCUGAAAACGCUAAUAGUGUGAAAUGUGGAGCUCCUAUAGAAAUGAAUGGUGAGCAUUUUAUUGAUCUCUAUGAAAGACAGUAUAAAAUGAGGUGUUUGGAUAUAUACGGGGCGAAGCCAGAACAAGAUGCCUUCAUGCUAGUCGGAGUACUAAUAGGUGUACUGAUAGCUUUACCAGCAAUACUGUUCAUCAUUUUCGCGUACCAGAGGAGAUGGUUUGGUCUAUUUAACAUGUGCGAUAAUUCUCCAGCUGCGUAUACUAGAAGAUUCUACAGUUCAACACCCAGAGAUGAGGAUUUCUAAGCAAUAUUCAGUGUCUAAAAGUCAUAUUUCAGCUGCUAGAGAAAACCAGAUGAUUUAUAAAAUAAUUUAAAUAAAAAUAAUAUCACUUUAAAGCUACAUUCACGCGGCAGUCACGUUUAAAUAAAUAUAUACAUAUACAUUAAUGUUCCUCCUC